CCCUCGGUGGUGGAUUAGAAUUUGUGACUGCUUUGCCGUCUCUCACUGCUCCUGUGUUUGCUUGUCCCUUUGGUUUUUGAAGAGACUAGAAGUCACUGAGCAAGCCUCUGUAGAAGAGAAGAUUGCCCUAGAACCAUCUAGAAAGUUUGCAAGACAUCCUAGGACCUGCCAGAACACCAUGGAAGGACUGAAGAAUAGCAGGAAAGGAUCCUCAGUCUUAAAAAGAUCGAGAGAGGAAGACGGAGUCAGCCAGGAGGAGCUAACACAGUGCGAGUCCCCCACCCAUGAAGCUCCCCUCGGUGCCCCCGAGGGGAAGAAAGAGAGGCCGGAUUCACUGUCACCUCCACUUAGGAUCAUCGUGGUGGGAAAAUCUGGCAGUGGGAAAAGCUCCACCGGGAACACCAUCCUCCAGCGGCGAGAGUUCGAGUCCCGGCUGUCCCCCCAACCUGUCACCACCAAGUGCCAGAAGGCCAUUGGCAGCUGGAAUGGCAGGAGCAUCCUGGUGGUUGACACGCCCCCCAUCUUUGAGGCCCAGCCCCCCACCCAGGACACCUACAGGGACAUAGGGGACUGCUACCUGCUCUCAGCCCCAGGGCCCCACGUGCUGCUGCUAGUCACCCAGCUGGGCCGCUUCACUGCCCAGGACUCAGAGGCCGUGAGGAGGGUCCAGGAGGUCUUUGGGGAGGGGACCCUGAGGCACAUGGUGCUCCUCUUCACCCACGUGGAGGACCUGGGGGCUGAGUCUCUGCAGGACUAUGUGGCGGGCACAGACAACCUCAGGCUGCGCAGGCUGGUGAAGGAGUGCGGGGGGAGGUACUAUGGCUUCAACAACAGGGCCAGCAGAGAGGAGCAGAGGGCGCAGCUGGAGGGGCUCAUGGCUGUGCUGGAGAGGGAGCUCGAGGGCACCUGCCUCAGCAACCAGCUCUACUGGGAGGCCCAGCUGCUGCUGCAGAGUGGGGGCAGGCCCGGCACAGAGGAGCACAGGCGCUACCUGGCCCAGGUGCAGAGGCAGGUGGAGCAGCAGAGGCAGCACCUGCAAGCGGGGAGCAGCUGCCUCAGGAGGGUGCUGCUCAGAGCCAAGAGCUGGGUCACUGAGCACUCUGAGUUUUGUGCUUGUGUGAUUUGGUGCAGCUUAAUGUUUUUCCUAGUCCUUUCCAUGUUCUAUGUUCUGUAGCUGCAUGUCAGCAGCCCCUCAGAAAGCAUGACCUACGAAGAUGCCACCUGGUGUAGUAAUUAAAAAUAAAAGACUGGGACCAUGUGGUGACCCAGCAGGUUAAGCGCACACGUGACAGCGCACAAAGAGUCCAGUUUGAGCCCCCUGGUCCCCACCUGCAGGGGGAAAGCUUUGCAAGCAGUGAAGCAGGGCUGCCGAUGUCUCUCUCCCUCUCUGUCUCCCCCUACUCUCUUAAAUUCUAAUAGUCUUCAUACAGUACAUAAAGAUAACAAUAAAAACCCCUUAAAAAGGGAUCUCUUAAAAUAUAAGACUUUCAAGUGGCUUUGGUCAGCAUUUAACAAACGGGAUGUCUGUUACAUCCUAGGCUAUUUAUUUCGGCAAAUGGGCAGACAUCAGCUAGUCAUGAUGGCCAUAGACUUGUAAGCUAGUUACCAGCGCUUGGCUACACUUGUUUGGCUCCUGGGGGAAGCAGCAUGUCAGAUUCGGGGAGAAGGGACAAAGUGUGCAGGAAUCGCGAGCAGGUGGGAACAGAGUCAUUUCCCAAAGAAACUUGCUUAAAUAACUUCUGACACACCCACAAUCCCUUAUGGCUUUGCAUAAGCCCCUUCUAUGCUUGUCAGGCUGACAUCAGCUGUAUGCUAAUUACACCUUUGUCCCAACAACCUGGGAUCGUGGUUCUUGGUGCCAUCAAUUCUGAAAUGUGUCCGUGGGGUCUGUAGACAACCUGGGUUCCUGUCCAGGAAGCUCCCAGAUCCUUUAUUUUAUUAAUUUUUUAAAAAUUAUUUUUAUUUAUUUAUUGGAUAGAAACAGCCAGUAACUGAGAGGGAAGGGGACGAUAAAAGGGAGAGAGACAGAGAGACAUCCGCAGCCCUGCUUCAUCACUUGCAAAGCUUUCCACUCAGGGGAUUGAACUCGGGUCCUCGUGCAUUGUAAUGUGUGACUCAAACAGCUGCACCCCCAGCAGCCCCCUACUUUUCCUUUUUUUAGAGAUUUCCCAUUUGGAUCAGGUCUCUUCCUCAAGAUUAAAAGGACAGCCAUUCAAUGCCAGGGCAGCCUAGUCCAUCUGUAAUGUGAUCUUUUUGUCAGGGACUAAUUGUCUGUUCAGGAAGGAAGCCAGUGAGAAGUGAAGAGAAACCUCCCCUCCCAACAGAGGCCCACAGAGAGUCAGUGUUGCUUCUACCUCUGGACCUUGUUGGAUUGGAGAUUGGAGUGUGAUGCUCGGAACUCCAGCAGCCAUUUUGUCUGAAGUUGGAGACAACCCUUUGGAGGAGAGUAGAGAACUGAACCACACCUGUGCUCCUGAACUAACCGAACCAGAAGCUUUCCCAUUCCUGAUUUCCAAUUACAACAAUCAAUAAAUCUCAUUUCUCAAGUUA